AUGUCGUCAAGCAAUAUUGAAACCAGCGACAACCACGACCAUGUCUUACGCCCCCGGCCGCGCAAACCACAGCAUUCGCAGGUCUCCGAGCUCGUCAGGGCCCACAGCGCUACCUCGAUCAAUGGCUUGACCGAAAAACCUGACGACAUUGCUUCUGGGCUGACUAGUGGUCGCUCGACGCCAAUACCAGAGAAUGCCCCUGAAUCGGCCAAGGCUCUGUCCAGUGCCCGCAAACAGGUCCGCGCCGAACAGCGACGACGAAUCUUCCCAACCAUCGAGUAUGCCUCCCGAGUCUCCCACUUCGAUCCUGCCUCCGAGUAUCGCGAUUUCCAUGGCUUCUUCAACCUGUUCUGGAUCGGCCUGGCCAUCAUGGGCAUCACCACCGGGUUGCGCAACUACAAGGAUACGGGCUACCCCUUGCGCUUGCAAAUCUGGGGCUUGUUUACCGUGAAGCUGUGGCAUCUGGCCAUCGCCGAUUUCUUGAUGGUCGCGAGUACUGCCAUCAUCCUCCCCCUCCACAGGAAAUCCAGAAGCAGUCAUGGGGCGAUGACGUGGAAGACAGGCGGUAAGGCCAUCCAAAGUGUAUAUCAAGUGGUGUGGCUUGCCUUCUGGAUCACGGUACCCUUCGCCCUGCAAUGGACUUGGACAGCCCAGGUGUUCCUCCUGAUACACACGAUGGUGCUGCUCAUGAAGAUGCAUUCGUAUGCCUUCUACAACGGUCAUCUUUCCGAGACGGAAAAGCGACUGCGGGCACUCGACGAGCCCCAUGGCGCAUCGAAGGACCCGGCCUAUGUAUAUCCUACGGUCGAGAAUCCGAUGGGCGCACUGGCGCAUAGCGAGACAAACGUUGACAGCGAUAGUGACAGUGAGGGUCUCUCGCAGUUGCGUACCGAUCUCGCUCGCGAACUGACGAGUCCCAUUGGCAACGUCACAUACCCGCGUAACCUGACCUGGGGGAAUUACAUGGACUUUCUACUCUGUCCAACGUUGUGCUACGAACUCGAAUACCCACGCAACAAAUCCAUAAACUGGACGUCUCUGAUCGCCAAGAUAGUCGCUACUUUUGGCUGCAUCUUCCUUCUGACUAUAAUCUCCGAGGAGUUCAUCUUGCCCGUUUUGCAAGAGUCCGGGGUUCGCCUCGACAACACAUCCUCGGUCUCCGAGAAGCUGCUUAUCCUGCUCGAGUCCAUUUCUUGGCUCUUGUUUCCCUUUAUGCUGACGUUCCUCUUGGUCUUCCUGGUCAUCUUCGAAUAUGUGCUUGGCGCAUUUGGCGAGAUGACCCGCUUCGCCGACAGGUACUUCUACGCCGACUGGUGGAACAGCACAGACUGGAUGGAAUUCAGCCGCGAGUGGAACGUGCCAGUAUACUCGUUCCUGCGUCGUCAUGUCUACGCCACCUCAAAGCCGAGCAUUGGCCGUAACAUGGCAACCCUGAUCACCUUCUUGAUUUCUGCCCUUGGCCACGAGAUCAUCAUGGCGUGUAUCACCAAGAAGCUACGUGGAUAUGGGUUCGUCUGCCAGAUGAUGCAGCUUCCUAUCGUGAUGUUGCAGCGGACGCGGUGGAUUCGCUCUCACAAGACUGCAAACAAUGUUCUCUUCUGGAUCAGUAUGAUCCUCGGUCUUAGUCUGAUCUGCUCUCUAUAUGUCCUGGUCUAA